GGAAGUCGGGGCCAUUGACGCGGUUUAUCCGCGACGCUUUAGAGACUGCUUGGCGUAGUGGGAGGUACUUGGAUCUUUCAGAAUGGGUGAACCUCAGCAAGUGAGUGCACUACCUCCACCACCAAUGCAGUACAUCAAGGAAUAUACAGAUGAAAACAUCCGGAAAGGUCUAGCUCCUAAGCCUCCACCUCCGAUAAAGGACAGUUAUAUGAUGUUUGGCAAUCAGUUCCAGUGUGAUGACCUUAUCAUCCGCCCUUUGGAAAGUCAGGGCAUUGAACGACUUCACCCUAUGCAGUUUGAUCAUAAGAAAGAACUAAGAAAACUCAAUAUGUCUAUCCUUAUUAACUUUUUAGAUCUUCUAGAUAUCUUGAUUAGGAGUCCUGGGAGCAUAAAACGAGAGGAGAAGCUGGAAGACCUGAAGCUGCUUUUUGUCCAUGUGCAUCAUCUUAUAAAUGAAUAUCGACCCCAUCAAGCAAGGGAAACCCUGAGAGUCAUGAUGGAAGUACAGAAAAGGCAGCGCCUUGAAACAGCUGAAAGGUUUCAAAAGCACUUGGAGAGAGUUAUUGAAAUGAUCCAGAAUUGUCUGGCUUCUUUGCCUGACGAUUUGCCCCAUACAGAAGGAGGGAUGAGGUUAAAAACUGAGCCAAUGGAUACUGAUGACAGCAAAAAUUGUAUUGGACAAAAUGAACAGCGAGAAAAUUCUAGUCACAGAAGAGACCAGAUCAUAGAGAAAGAUGCUGCUUUGUGUAUCUUAAUUGAUGAAAUGAACGAAAGGCCAUGAAGUCUUAAAAAUUUGUUGUACAAACUUUUGGGGGAUGGGGUGGGGUUAUGUAGCCAAAAAUUGUAUGACAUUGUCUUGCUUGAUAUUCUUGAAACUUGUAUAGAAAUAUAAAUUUGCCUGAUCAUGACAUUAUGCAUUUACAAGCUGGGAAUUUUUUUUAAACCUUUAAAAGUUCUUAACUACAGGUGAACAGAACAGGUGAAGUGUUGCCUAAUGGCUUGAGCUGAAUCCACAGAUUUACUUCUUUUUAAAAAUAGGGUACAGUUGGCACUUUUCUGAAGAAAAGUAAAUGUCUAAGGUUGCAAACAGUUCUCUUAAUGUAAUUUCAUCUUUAGUUUAUUUUUGCUGGUCCUUCACAAACAAGGUUAUAUUUUGAGCUGCAGAAAAUGUCCCAUAGCAUCUUAAGAGUUUAACAUUUAAAUAAUUUAAAAGUGAGUUAUAAGUUGAGUAAAGUUUUUUCAAGUUGUUUGUAGUUUGUUUUCAUAAAAAUCUAAUCAGUAAAGUGUCAUGAAGCAAAUAUUUAUUUUAAAACUGCACAAUUUGGAAUAACUUUCCCAAGAAUAAAAAACUUGAGUGGACUGAAUUCAGA